CUAUGUGAACCUAAAGUUCCUGCACAAUAAAAGCUCCAUCACAACAGAACCACCGCCCCUCUGAAUGACAGAUUAUUUUCUGAGCUUCAUAAAGGUCAUGUUGUUCUGCACAGAUAAAAUCAGAUAAAUUGAUGUUAGUCAUUAGUCUUUAGAGGUGUUGGUAGGUGUAUUUUUGAACUUUGGAAUGAAACACACCCUGUCUUACAUGUGAAGUAACAGCAUUUAUUAGAGGAGGUCUGAGAAAGCUCCACCCCUCACUUGACUCACCUGAGACAAAGCACGAAACAGUUUGUUCUUCGUCUCUAAGGAAACACACAGACUGAAAAACAGACGAUCAGAUUCACCUUCAGACCAAACUAACAACCUCCUCUGAGUGAGUACAGCUACACGAGAGAAAAGUGGAAAACUAGAACUCUGCUGCUUCAACCUGCUGACUCUCCACACACUGAAUGUGAGUUUGACUAAAAAAUGGAGUCAAAGUAAAAGUAAAUGUCAGUGAAGUUAGUAGAGGAGGGAGGGGAGCCAUGACUGACUGUACUAACUGUCUGUUGUGUUUUCAGCUUCAUUUGGAGACAAAAUGGCUUCCAAAUCAGAGAAGGAUCUCCGCUGUCCGGUCUGUCAUGACGUCUUUAGAGAUCCUGUUGUUCUGUCAUGUAGCCACAGCUUCUGUAAAGACUGUCUGAAGAGCUGGUGGGGAGAGAAACAAACACAUGAGUGUCCAGUUUGUAAGAAAAGAUCUUCAACGGAAGAACCACCUGUUAGUCUGGUGUUAAAGAAGCUGUGUGAGUCCUUCUUACAGGACAGAGAUCAGAGAGCUUCAGAGGUUAUCUGCAGUCUGCACUCUGAGAAACUCAAACUCUUCUGUCUGGACCAUCAGCAGCCAGUGUGUGUCGUCUGCAGAGAUUCAGAACAACACACCAACCACAGAUUGAGACCCGUUGAUGAAGCUGCACGACAACACAAGAAGAUACUUGAGGAAACUCUGAAGCCCUUAAAGGAGAAGUUAGAGGUUUGUGAACAAGUUAAAGUGAAGUUUGAUCAAACAGCAGAACACAUUGAGGUCCAGGCCCGACACACAGAGAGGCAGAUUAAGGAGCAGUUUAAGAAACUUCACCAGUUUCUAGAAGAGGAAGAGGAGGCCAGGAUGGCUGCUCUGAGGGAGGAAGAGGAGCAGAAGAGUCAGAUGAUGAAGGAGAACAUGGAGGCUCUGAGCAAAGAUAUAGCAGCCCUUUCACACACAGUCAGAGCCACAGAGGAGGAGCUGAGAUCUGAAGACGUCUCAUUCCUGCACAACUACAAGGCUGCAGUGGAAAAAGUCCAGCUCUGCCUCCUGCUGGAUGAUCCACAGCUGCUCUCAGGAGCUCUGAUAGACCAGGCCAAACACCUGGGCAACCUGACCUUCAACAUCUGGAACAAGAUGAAGGAGAUGGUCUCCUACACUCCUGUCAUUCUGGAUCCAAACACUGUUUAUCCAAGAUUCAUCCUUUCUGAAGAUCUGACCAGUAUGAGAUUUGGAGAGAUACAGCAGCUUCCUGAUAAUCCAGAGAGGUUUGAAUUCUUCUCUGUUCUGGGCUCUGAGGGCUUUAACUCAGGGACUCACAGCUGGGAUGUCGAGGUUGGAGACAAUACAAACUGGAUACUGGGUGUGUUAUCAGAGUCUGUCCAGAGGAAGGAAGACAUACAGUCUGGAUUAUGGACAAUCAUGUUCGAUGAAGGUAAAUACUCAGCACAGUCACCACCCACUCCCCCCACUGUUCUCCCAUUGAAGAAGAAGCUCCAGAGGAUCAGAGUGAAUCUGGACUGGAACAGAGGAAAUCUGUCAUUCUCUGAUCCUGAUACUAACACACACAUAGGCACCUUCACACACACUUUCACUGACAGACUGUUUCCAUACAUUAAAAUUUUGGAUAAACUCCCACUGAAGAUUUCCCCACUGAAGGUCUCUGUGACACUGGAACAGAGCAGUUAGAAAUGAUGAUGAUGGUUCUUAUAAUUACUCUCAUUUAAUUCUUAAGGGUUUUAUAUGUAGAAUUGUGAAGCAAUUUACAUCUAUUAAUGGGUUUUUUUUUUUUAUUGCCAAUGAGUGAAGGGGUUGUAAUGUAACCUAAAGAAUGAGACCUUCUCCGACUUUCUCGGUUGUCUGUAACAGCUUGUGGACUGAUUUCUAUGUGAAGGACUCGGGCCGGAUUUUUCUUGAAAAUCCAACAGAAGUGACUUUUUUGCUCCCGAGUGCCUUGCCUCUCAAACGACCGGCAUAACAACAAAACACAACACAGCCUACCGGUGUUCAGUUGGUGGUUUGCUGAUCAGGUCGGGUGGUUGAUUAACACAAAUUUUUAUGUGAGUCGGGUGGUGCAGAUUGGCUCUCAUCGGCAGCAGCAGACACAGCGCAGCCAGGAGCACCGGGAUGUUGACUACAGCUCAUUUAAUGGCCACAGGUGUCACUAAUGAGAAGGAAUUUCUGAUUUCUACAUACAGAACCUUUUAAAGGGAAAAGUCACUGAAUUUAACCUCCGGAGCUUCUGUCCUCCUGCUGUCUCAUUAUUCCAAAAUAUGGUCAUGUUGUUUCACUUGUUACUGUUUUAGUCAAACAUAAAAUGAUUCAACUUAUUUUCUGAUAUUUAUAUUUGGUCUCUUCAGCCUUUAGUUUUUUUAUUGAUACUGUGUCAUUUUAAAUGG